GGUUUCACGGCCAAUCACAGCGGACGUCGGUCUCGCGCCGAGAACUUCCGCUUCUGACCACAGACGGUGCUAACGUUACCAUUACCGUUAGAUGAAACUUGUCAUCAGUGCUUAAGUCUUAACACCACCCUUUUUGGAUACAUUUUUACUCGGUCUUGUCUUGGUGUCAGUUAUAAUGGACUCUGGUUUUUAAAUCGAGAUCGGUUAAAACCGUUGUUCGCAUCGUUUUUGUUAUUGAAUGGGAAACUUUCUUCUGUCUUCGAAUCCAACCAUUAAUGUAACCAUGUCAAAGAUGAAUGCUUUGCUGGAAGAUGGAUUCACGUCAGAGAUGAUGCUCCAGCAGCACCUUAACGGUCUGAAAGAGGCCCUGGUUCAACAGCUGCAGGAGACAGAAAAGAAACACACACAGGAGUUAGAGAAGAAGCUCUAUCAGAACGCUCUCCUGUCAACAGAUGAACAACUAGAGUACAGUGAUAAAAAACAAGUGAACUGUAACACCAAACAUGUGGGAACGAGGAGAGACAUCCCUUCAUCUGCCCUGACCUCACACAAAGACACUGCACAUCAACACAGGCCUAAUUCUUCAACAAAGUGGAAACAUUAUUUCAUGAAGGCUUCCACGCUGACCCCCACCAAGGCACAACGGUGUGUACGAGCGGCUUCACUGAAAACCACACAGAUGAGCAUGGAGGAGGAGGCCGUGGCUGAAUGUCAGAAGAAGUUCUGUGCUCUCCCGGUUCCCAGCCAUGUCAACCAGUCCCUCUUCAAGGAGAUGAUGGAGCUGAGAAAGAAAAAGAGGGAACUCGGUCAUGAGGAGAGGAAGAAUUUAUUGCUCUCCAUGCAAAAACCUUUCAGUUUCCAGAGAGAAAGUGAAAGGAAUGAAACAGAGAGAGAAAUGGAGAAACUCGAGAUGCUGAUAGCAACGUUAAACCAAGACUCACCGGAACAGGGAAACAAGAUACCUACUAUCAGGAAACGUCGUCAAAAAACGGAGGACUGGCUAGAGUCUGAGCUGAAAGACCUGGAAGACGUUUGCAGUCCAGUGCGGACUCAAACGGCCGGGCGACAGUCUAAGUCCUCUGCAUACUGCAACCCAAAACUUCGCACUGCUGAGCGCACCAGGAAGGAGAAGCUGGGCUUCCUGGACGAGAGGCCGAGCUUCCAGCCAAAAAUCCUCCAGCAGGUCCCCGAUUUCAGCAGGUUGCACAAGGCUUUGCAGACAGAGGCGCUGAGAAAAACUCCGGCUAAAGACAUGACCAAGUGUCAGCCCUUUGCCCUCAGGACGUCAGCUCUCGCUCAGCGGCAGAAAAAAAUGAGCCCUGAAAAAUCCCAGGAACCAAAAAUAAACUAUGUCAGGAGAAGUAAGUCACUCGGGACCUUAACGUCACUGUCCACAGACACACUUCCCACGUACAUCACUGACGCUGUGAGGAUGCGCGGCUUGGCCAUCAGAAAAUCAAUAGCGGUCAGGGAAAGUAAGAAUCAAGAGAGUGCGAAUUGGUUUAGCAAGUACCAAAUGAGGUCCCAGGCCAUCAAGAAGAGUGUCGACCUUCACGCAAAGUCCCUGGAUCCACACGUCAGCUUGAAACAAGUGUUCGAAGACAAACUGAAGCACCAUAUGAUGGCUGACCAGCAAAGGAUGCAAGAGUACAAGAAGGAGUUACACGACAUAAAGGCGCGAGUCGGCGACCGCCCUUAUUUGUUCGAACAGGUGAAGCAGCGAAAUGCGAAGGCCCACGCCGAGCAGACGUACAGGAACAUGCUGAGGAAAGCUGGCUUCACGGAGCAAUUCGUCGAGGAGAAAGGCGGAGCAAGUGGCGACGCAUCGGCCUCGUCCAGAUCUGAGGAAGACGCCGAUGAAAAUGAGCUCAUCAAUGAGAACUACAUUCUUGGAAGGGACGAGAAUGUGGACGACGGGGAGAAAAUUGAAGAUGUGGAAGAGGAGAGCGUGAAGUCCUAAAGAGAAGAAAGUGCCAUAAUCAAAGAGGAGUUUUUUUUUUGGUGGCUUUUCCACCAGAAAACAACACCGUCCUCAAAAAAUGAUUCAUGUCACGGCUAACCGCACCAAGCAUUUGAUAGUUUGAGUUAAGUGCAUGUGCAAAUGAUGACAUUGAACUUUGACAGCCACAAAUAUUAGGGAUUAGUAUAUAGUUGAGCAUUUUUAACAUCUUUUUAAAUCCAUACACGUUGAGACGCGCGUGUUUGUGACAUGAAUUUGUCUUGUGCCCGAGCCCGUUACAAAAUAUCCAAUAAAUGUACAUCAUUUACUUUGGCUACGACACCCGUCGUCUGACAUGAGUCUCUCACAGAUUGCUGGGUUAAAAGAUCCCAGUUCUUUCCGCAGCCUCAACGCCGCCUAAGUAAACAGUCCUCACUGUGCGUGUGCGUUCGCGCGCGCAACACUUCGGUGGUUUGGUCCAAGCCCCAUAGACCCACAUCAAAUACGCUUGUUGUUGCGCGUUCGCUGUUCGCUUGUGCUUAGACAGCUGACUGCAGAGUUCAUUUUAACUCGCAAACCACAUGGCAACGUCUGGAUAUGUAUAUAAUCACGAUCAAACGGGUUCCUGUAGACAGUUGCAUACCAUAUGAUUACUUUUUCUAGGCUAGUGUGUCACAACGUUGAAACUAUUGCAUGAAUCCGGAAUCGGAAAUAUGUCUGAAAUGUCAUAUCUUGCACUGCGACAGCAUCCAGUAUGACUUAAAUACGCAUUUUAUGAAGAGGUUUUGCGUAAUGAUUAGAAGAAUAGUUCAUAUAGACGCGAUAGAUUAGCACCGACCCCCUUCCUUGAGAUCUCAAACAUCACAUGACAAAGCUUCAAGGGCUCCAUCCUGUCAGGUUGUCAUGGGAACUGUGUAUCCCUCCCCACUCUGCAUUGUGGUCCCUCUGGAGAAGAAUGCUGCGCACCUCCAAUUCCCGCGGUGCGCGGCUGAAAACAGACCCGAUCUCUCCCAGCACAUUAGGUAACGUCACAUUGGGAACCCGCGUCCACGGAGCGUGUGAGGCAGCAGGCGCCUGUGUCUCCCUAAACAAAUUGCAGUGCCACAGAGUGUGGAGGCUGAGGACGAGGACAAACACAUCUCAUUUAGAUUAAUGAGAGGCUGUGAACUUGGCCACCAUAUGUUAUGAUCACGCUGUUUAAGGAGUGGCUUUUUUUCUUACAGGACGAACAAUAUAAUUUCACCAAGGUGGCGCGUUCAGGUCUCUUAUUAUUCCAGCCACCGUGCAAUAUUAAAAUUCCCACACAUUUAAUUCUGUAAAUGCAUGGUGGCAAAUGCAGGCGAGUGAGUACACACCCUAGAAUACAUGAUACAGACCUUAAACCAACUUCACCUGCUCUGAAACUUGUGCAAUUACACUGGACCAAAUGCUCAUUUUGUGCGUCGCGGUUAUUCCGCUGUUCGUUUGAAUCGCUUGUUUGCUCGACCUCACGCACACCGGCCCGAAAACAAGAGUGGACGCUGCAAGUGCAGAGAGUUGAGUGCAUGUGAGAGCCCUCCUGUGUGCCGUAGUCCUCGGUUCACCUGCAGGAGGAGCUGUGGCUCGCUGCUGCCUACUGUGGAGCAGAGGAGAGAGAUGCCUCUUUCUUUUUUUUUCUCCCUCCUUCAGUGGCAUGAAUAAUAUCCCCAGAGCUGCAGAGAGAG